AUGCAUCCAGUGGUACAGGACACUGGCCUUCAAGUUGCUAACGCUGACAAGAAUGUGAAUUCGCACCAGCUCGAUGAACUUACAAUGGUAUGUGUUGGGUACACCGUCCCUAGUUCAAGUGGCAGAAAUUAUUACGAGCUUUCGCAACGACUUAUUCCACACGAGAAUUAUAUAUGUCAUGGAGAUGGUCAGGCGAUAGUAUUGCGGUAUGGGGAGAAUUCCAUGGUUUAUGCAGGCCUCUAUGACGAGCAGGGGAAGCUGAAGGAGGCAGAGGAGAUGUGCCAGCGAGCAAUGUCAGGCAAGCAGAAUGCUGUAGGCCCUGGUCAUACCUCCACUCUUGAUACAGUCAACAACCUUGGAAGUCUCUACGCUGACCCGGGGAAGCUAAAGGAGGCAGAGGAGAUGUACCAGCGAGCACUGGCAGGCGGGGAAAAUCUCUAG